AUGUCGGGCUACCAGCUCCUGGACCCUUAUGUCACCGUCAGUGUGGACCAGGUGCGGGUUGGGCAGACCAGCACCAAGCAGAAGACCAACAAACCCACCUACAACGAGGAGUUCUCCGCCACGGUUACCGACGGCCAUCAGAUUGAGCUGUCUGUCUUCCACGACACCCCCAUCGGCUACGAUGACUUCGUGGCCAACUGCACCUUGUGCUUCCAGGACCUCCUGCGCUCUUCGGGCCCCAGCGACAGCUUCGAAGGCUGGGUGGAUUUGGAGCCAGAAGGCAAAGUGUUUGUCGUCAUAACUCUUACAGGCAGCUUCACGGAAGGGACCCUCCAGAGGGAUCGAAUUUUUAAGAACCUCACUCGGAAACGCCAGCGGGCAAUGCGAAGGCGAGUGCAUCAGGUGAACGGGCACAAAUUCAUGGCUACCUACCUGCGACAGCCUACAUACUGCUCACACUGCAGGGAGUUCAUCUGGGGCGUGUUUGGGAAGCAGGGCUACCAGUGCCAAGUAUGCACCUGUGUUGUACACAAGCGCUGCCAUCAUCUAAUUGUUACAGCUUGCACGUGCCAAAACAAUACUAACAAGACCGAUCUCAAGGUGACUGAACAGAGGUUUGGAAUCAACAUUCCUCAUAAGUUCAGCGUCCACAACUACAAAGUCCCGACUUUCUGUGACCACUGCGGUUCCUUGCUCUGGGGCAUCAUGCGGCAGGGCCUACAGUGUAAAAUCUGUAAAAUGAACGUCCACAUCCGAUGCCAAGCAAAUGUUGCACCGAACUGUGGGGUGAACUCAGCAGAGCUUGCUAAAACCUUGGCAUGCAUGGGUCUGCAGCCAGGAAGCAUUUCCCCAAAUUCGAAGCUGGUUUCCAGAUCUACUUUGAGACAUCAGGGAAAAGGCAGCCUGAAAGACGGCAACAACGUUAGUGAAAGUUCAGUGAGCAAACUUGGGAUCAAAGACUUAACCUUCCUUCGUGUAUUGGGAAAGGGCAGUUUUGGAAAGGUGAUGCUUGCCAAGAUGAAAGAGAGUGGGCAGCUCUAUGCAGUGAAGGUGUUGAAGAAGGACGUCAUUCUCCAAGAUGACGAUGUUGAAUGCACCAUGACCGAGAAACGCAUCCUUUCCUUGGCAAGGAACCACCCAUUCCUCACCAAGCUCUACUGUUGCUUCCAGACUCCUGAUCGCCUGUUCUUUGUGAUGGAGUUCGUAAAUGGCGGGGACUUGAUGUUCCAUAUUCAGAAGUCGCGUCGCUUCGAUGAAGAUCGGGCCCGGUUCUAUGCUGCAGAAAUUAUUUCAGCCCUUAUGUUUCUCCAUGAAAGAGGCAUCAUUUAUCGGGACUUGAAGCUGGACAACGUGCUGCUGGACUACGAGGGUCACUGCAAGCUGGCAGACUUUGGGAUGUGCAAAGAGGGCAUUCACGAUGGCAUUACCACAGCCACCUUCUGUGGUACACCAGACUACAUCGCUCCGGAGAUCCUGCAAGAGAUGCUGUACGGCCCUGACGUAGACUGGUGGGCCAUGGGCGUGCUGCUGUACGAGAUGCUGUGCGGCCACGCACCCUUCGAGGCGGAGAAUGAGGACGACCUCUUCGAGGCCAUUCUGAAUGAUGAAGUCGUCUACCCAACGUGGCUCCAGCAGGACGCGGUGGCAAUCCUCAAAGCAUUCAUGACUAAGAACCCCAACAUGCGGCUGGGCAGCCCGGGGCUGGGCGGCGAGAGCGCGAUUCUGCGGCACCCCUACUUCAAAGAUCUGGACUGGGACCUGCUGACCCAGCGUCAGAUGGAGCCACCGUUCAGGCCCCGAAUUAAAUCCAAAGAUGACGUGAGCAACUUUGAUCCAGAUUUUAUAAAAGAGGAGCCCAUUCUGACUCCCAUUGAAGAAGGAAUUCUUCCGAUGAUAAACCAAGAUGAAUUUAGAAACUUUUCAUUCACAAGCCCAGAACUGCAGCAAUAGCUACGGCUCUGGGGAAGGGCUGCUGAGAGGACUGGGGGGAAAUGAAAUGAAAACCAAGUUUACCAGAAGUUUCAUUCUCAAGGAGUAACAGUGCACUGACUUUAUGCGAUACAGCAGCACCACUGUCAACUUUACCUUAAUGUGAAAUUGAAACCUUCCUGUGUUUGUAGGGUUUAUGCAGCUCUUGGAUCAAAUAUUGACAGGGGUGGAACGAACAUGAUAUUGUAAAUAGCUGAUGCAGAUGGAGCCAACGAGCUCAGCCUGAAUGUCACCGCUUGCAGUGGAUUCAAGCAGUCAGCGUGAGCAUGAGACAAGUGUCUUGCAGCUCUGAGCCAAACAGACUUGUUACAAUUCUGAUUGUUUGCAAGACUAUUUUGAGGAGUCCCAGCACUGUCCGGCAUUUUGGAACUGUGAUCCAGCAUCCUGUGGCCUGACUGAACCAGAUGUUCCUACUGACUUUACCUGUUUCUGCAGUAUUUAUUUCUUUCCGAAGGACAAACGGCUCUCUUUGCCACUGUUUGGGUUUCCGUGUGAAAUAUUUCAUUGUGCUGACUGGUAGAAGGAAAAAAACAAAUGCCCUGUGCCCCACACAGAUUCUUCCAAAUCAAAGGGAAGUCAUGUGCUAGUAGUGUUUUAC